UUGUAUUGUAAGUAGGAAGCAUUAACCUCUGCCAUCUCCAUUGUAGCACAGCUCCCUUCAUCUCUCCCACCUAAUACACUAUUCUUCAACUUCCGAAUCAUUCCAUUUCCCCAAAAUUUCCCAACCCUCACCGUAUCUGCGCAAUUUUUACGGCGAUACAUCCGCUGCGCACUGCAAUGCCGGUGCGACCUUCCGAUUCUAGCUACUUGCUUGUUAUUGUAUUGUUCCUUCUCCAACCCUAGCUUCGCCUUCCGCCUCCUCCUCUACCGCAGUUCCUUUAGUUGGCUUGAUUAGCUUCUUCAUGUGGCUUUAGCUCAGGAGUGGCGCCGCCUAGCUUAUUCCCGAUCGGCGCUUCUCAACUCUUCGACCCAGCCUCUUCAAAUUAGUUCGGAUCCGGUUUGUGCUGGUUUUUUGCAUUUGCUUCUCUUAUGGAGACUGCUUCUACAAGUGGCCUUCGUUUUCGAAGGAUUCCACGGCAGUCCUUUUCAAAUUGCUUUAAGAUGGAACCAUUGCUGGAUGAAAACUUGGAGCAAUGGCCACAUCUAAACGAGCUUGUUCAGAGCUAUGGCGCUGAUUGGGUUAAAGACGAGUACAAGUAUGGGCACUAUGAGAACGUUGGGUCCAUCGCGUUUCAGAAUCAAGUAUUUGAGGGGCCAAAUACAGACGUCGAAACAGAAAUAGAGCUAGCUAAUGCUAGACGGACUAGGGCACAGUUAUCAACUGAAGAAGAAGUUUCAAGUACCUCAGGAAGUAAUUGCUUGCAGCAUCUUGGAGAGUCUCCGUUGCCGGCAUAUGAACCUGUUUUUGACUGGGAUAAUGAGAGAUCCGCGAUAUUUGGUCAAAGAGUUCCUGUUAAUAACAUUGUGCAGUACACCAGGUUUCUUCUCUGGACCCUCGUUCCCCCUAACUUCGAUCCUAAGCGUAAGAUUCACAAACCAGUGAAGGGUAUCUUAAGAUUGGAGAUUGAGAAACUCCAAUGUGGCCAAGUUGAUGAGAAGUCUUUUGAAAAUAGAAGCACAAAUGGUGAUUUUGGGGGUCAUCCUAAUAUAUCUGAUGGACGGAAGAAUGCUGACUUUGAUGUGCAUUCUUCUUAUGGGGCAGUGCUGGAUCGAAAUGGAUCAGUAUCUUUGGGAGAUAGUGAUACUAAUGACUUUCAGGCUUUUGACUUUCGGAUAACUUCAAGGAAUGAGCCCUUCUUACAACUCUUUCACUGUCUUUAUGUGUACCCUUUAAGUGUCAGCAUGACUAGAAAAAGAAAUUUGUUUAUUCGAGUUGAACUAAGAAAAGAUGACGCUGAUCUACGCAAACCUCCAUUAGAGGCAAUGCAUCCAAGGGAACCAGGUUCUACACUUCAAAAGUGUGCCGAGACUCAAGUUGCUGUUGGAGCUAGGGUUGCUUGCUAUCAUGAUGAAAUAAAAGUCUCGUUGCCUGCUAUAUGGACCCCAACACACCACCUUUUAUUCACUUUGUUUCAUGUUGACCUUCAAACAAAAAUUGAAUCUCCCAAGCCUGUGGUGGUAGGAUAUGCUUCGCUCCCUUUAUCCGCUUAUGCACAGUCAAAAUCUGAGAUUUCAUUGCCUCUUAUGCAAGAAUUGGUUCCACAUUAUCUACAAGAUACUAGCAGGGAAAGGGCGGAUUAUUUGGAGGAUGGUAAAAACGUAUUUAGGCUCCGUCUACGUUUAUGUUCAUCAUUGUACCCAAUAAGUGAACGGAUUAGAGAUUUUUUUCUUGAGUAUGAUCGGCACAUUCUUCGAACAAGUCCACCUUGGGGAUCUGAGCUUCUUGAGGCAAUCAACAGUUUGAAGAAUGUUGAUUCCACGGCUUUACUUCAGUUUCUUCAGCCCAUCUUAAACAUGCUUCUCCACCUCAUUGGGAAUGGUGGAGAGACUUUGCAGGUUGCUGCUUUCAGAGCUAUGGUUAAUAUAUUGACAAGGGUGCAGCAAGAGUCAGUUGAUGAUGGUGAAAGAAAUAUUUUUCUCGUUAACUAUGUUGACUUUGCUUUUGAUGAUUUUGGGGGUCGCCAACCACCAGUUUACCCUGGUUUAGCUACAGUAUGGGGAAGUCUAGCCCGUAGCAAGGCUAAAGGUUACCGUGUUGGGCCUGUUUAUGAUGAUGUAUUGGCCAUGGCUUGGUUUUUUCUUGAACUCAUUGUCAAAUCUAUGGCAUUGGAGCAAACUCGAUUGUUCUAUCACAAUCUCCCUUCAGGAGAAGAUGUUCCCCCGAUGCAGUUGAAAGAAGGUGUAUUUAGAUGUAUCAUGCAAUUGUACGACUGCCUAUUAACAGAAGUUCAUGAGCGGUGCAAAAAAGGUCUUGGUUUGGCUAAAUAUCUAAACAGUGGUUUGUCUUUCUUUUGUUACGAUCUUCUAUCUACCAUAGAGCCUCGACAAGUUUUUGAACUGGUGUCUCUAUAUCUUGAUAAGUUCUGUGGAGUGUGUCAACCGGUGCUGCAUGAUUGCAAGCUUACAUUUCUGCAGAUUUUAUGUGACCACGAUCUUUUUGUGGAAAUGCCAGGGAGAGAUCCUUCUGACAGAAAUUACAUUUCAUCUAUUCUUGUACAAGAGAUCUUUCUUACAUGGGACCAUGAAGAUUUAUCCAUGCGGGCUAAGGCUGCAAGAAUUUUGGUGGAACUACUCUGCAAGCACGAGUUUGAUUUGCGCUACCAAAAGAUGGAAGAUAAACUUUAUAUAGCUCAGCUGUACUUCCCCCUUGUAAGCCAGAUACUAGAUGAAAUGCCCGUGUUCUACAAUAUGGGUUCAAGUGAAAAGCGUGAGGUCUUGAUUGCUAUAUUGCAAAUCAUACGCAAUUUGGAUGAUGCCUCUCUUAUUAAAGCUUGGCAACAAAGCAUUGCCCGUACCAGAUUAUUCUUCAAACUUUUGGAGGAAUGUCUAAUUCAUUUUGAGCAAAGCAAGCCUGAUGAUACCUUGCUCAUGGGUAGUAGUUCUCGCAGUCCACUUGGAGAUAAGCCCUUCUCAUCAAAGUAUUCUGAGAGACUUUCUCCUGCAAUUAAUCAGUAUCUUUUGGAAGCUGCACGCCAAGAAGUUGGACCCCAGGGAACACCUGAAAAUGGAUAUUUGUGGCAAAGAGUCAACUCUCAGCUUAGCUCUCCUAGUCAGCCAUAUUCCUUAAGGGAAGCUCUGGCUCAGGCCCAAUCUUCUAGAAUUGGAGCUUCAACUCAAGCAUUAAGAGAAUCUUUGCACCCAAUAUUGAGGCAAAAAUUGGAACUUUGGGAAGAAAACCUUAGCGCUGCUGUCAGUCUUCAAGUUCUGGAAAUAAUUGAGAAGUUCUCUGGGGCAGUAGCAUCCCGUGCCAUUGCUACUGACUAUGGAAAACUUGAUUGUAUUACAUCUAUAUUUAUGAUAGUAUUUUCUCAUAAUCAACCUCUGGCUUUCUGGAAAGCUAUGUUUCCAGUUUUCAAUAAUGUCUUUGAACGUCAUGGAGCAACAUUAAUGUCGAGGGAAAAUGAUCGUUUUCUAAAGCAAAUUGCCUUCCAUCUUCUCCGGCUUGGAGUUUUUCGCAAUGAGAAUAUUAGGAAAAGAGCUGUUAUUGGGCUCCAGAUACUUGUUCGGAGCUCUUUCUCCUACUUCACGCAGACGGCAAGAUUGCGUGUCGUGCUCACCAUUACAAUGUCUGAAUUGAUGUCUGAAGUCCAAGUUACACAUAUGAAAACUGAUGGGACUCUAGAAGAAAGUGGCGAAGCGCACCGUCUUCGGAAAUCUUUGGAGGAGAUGGCAGAUGAAUCUAAGAGCUUCUCUGUACUCAAAGAGUGUGGUCUUCCAGAAACAGCUCUUGUUUCCAGCAGUGAACAAUUGUCUGAUAAUCAUUGGUCCUGGUCGGAAGUUAAAGUACUAUCUGAUAGUCUACUUCUGGCUCUUGAUGCUAGCCUGGAACACGCGCUACUGGCAUCUGUUAUGACAGUUGAUAGAUAUGCUGCUGCAGAGAGUUUCUACAAACUUGCUAUGGCAUUUGCUCCAGUUCCAGAUCUUCAUAUCAUGUGGUUGUUGCACCUGUGUGAUGCCCACCAGGAGAUGCAGUCUUGGGCUGAAGCAGCACAGUGUGCUGUCGCUGUUGCUGGAGUAGUGAUGCUGGCCCUCGUAUAUAGAAAUGAUGGAGUAUGGAGCUCGGAUCAUGUCUCUGCAUUGCGCAAGAUAUGCCCCAUGGUAAGUGGUGAGAUAACUUGUGAGGCUUCAGCAGCCGAGGUAGAAGGAUAUGGCGCUUCAAAACUUACAGUUGAGUCAGCUGUUAAGUACCUGCAACUUGCAAAUAAGCUCUUCUCCCAAGCUGAACUCCACCACUUCUGCGCCAGCAUCCUAGAACUAGUUAUUCCAGUGUACAAAAGCAGGAGGGCAUACGGCCAAUUAGCCAAGUGCCACACGAUGCUGACAAACAUAUACGAGUCAAUUCUUGAGCAGGAAUCGAGCCCCAUACCUUUUGCAGAUGCAACAUAUUAUAGGGUAGGGUUCUAUGGUGAAAAAUUUGGGAAGCUUGACAGGAAAGAGUAUGUAUAUAGAGAAGCUCGAGACGUGAGGUUGGGUGAUAUAAUGGAGAAACUCAGUCACAUUUAUGAGUCGAGAAUGGAUGGUACAACAUUGCACAUAAUACCAGACUCUAGACAGGUCAAAGCUGAUGAACUACAGGCAGAAGUUUGCUACCUGCAGAUAACAGCUGUCGAUCCAGUUAUGGAAGAUGAGGAUUUGGGAAGCCGAAGGGAGAGAACAUUCCCACUUUCUGUGCGUGCGCGUGUCUUUGAUAGGUUUUUAUUUGAUACUCCUUUCACCAAAAAUGGAAAGACUCAAGGUGGGUUGGAAGAUCAGUGGAAACGGCGUACAGUGGUACACACCGACGGUUCAUUCCCGGCCCUAGUAAACCGUCUGCAGGUGAUAAAAUCAGAAUCGCUAGAGUUCUCUCCCGUGGAGAAUGCGAUUGGGAUGAUUGAAACGAGAACAGCAGCACUAAGAAACGAGCUCGAGGAACCUCGCAGCUCAGAAGGCGAUCAACUACAGAGUCUACAGAGGAUACUUCAGGGAUCCGUCGCCGUCCAAGUGAACAGCGGAGUUCUGAGUGUUUGCACGGCAUUCCUUUCAGGUGAACCUGCUACCAGACUGCGCUCCCAGGAGCUGCAGCAACUCAUUGCCGCACUCCUAGAAUUCAUGGCCGUUUGCAAACGCGCUAUCCGUGUCCACUUUCGGUUGAUCGGGGACGAAGACGAAGAGUUUCACACACAGCUUGUCAAUGGAUUUCAGUCGCUUACUGCAGAAUUGUCCCACUACAUUCCAGCCAUUCUUUCAGAACUCUAACAAGCUUCAACUUCGUCUUCCACAGUGAGUGCUUCAGUGUAAAAAUUAUUCCUUUUGUAGGUGUUUGAUCAAAUAUUCAGCUAGUUUUAUCUAAGUUUCUAGCAUGCUUGUUACAAGUUCUCGAGUGUAUUGCUUUUUGUAUUGUAUUAUAUGCUGCUGCGGUCCUUUGUAUUGAUAGAGAUAGUCAUAGGAUGGACUGUGCAACCUCUAUUUUUGACAUUCACUUAAAUUGACAAGUAAAUAUUUUUGUGUUUUGGUGGUGGAGAAAGUUUGGAUGGAUGUGAAAUCAAUUGAUUUCUGGUUCGAUUA